AUGACGCUUCUGUUCCUCGCAAAAUGCCGAGUUGUUCGUUGUUUCUUUCUUCUUCUGUGCGCGUGCUGCGGUCGUCUGUUUUUACGCGCGAACGACCAUCCUCGCGUCUUUUGGGUUCUCGCAGCCGUUGAAGCGCAGAGAGACGAUGCCGUGGGAAGCGAUGCGUUCUUUUUCCCAGCGCGAGAGCAGCGAGGGAAACGCAUCGUCGUCCCGAAAGAGACGAAGAAGACGUUUUCGAGAAAGAAGAUGCUGCGCGAAGAGUUUAAGAAGCGAUGCGAGGCGUCGAGAGCGAAAGUAUCCGAAGAAGAAGAAGAAGAAGAAGGAGAAGAAGGAGAAGAAGAAAGAAGAGUGUGUUUGCGAAACCCGAACGAUGAAGGAAAGUCAAAGUGCGUCGCGGUGCAAGAAUCAACGACGAACAAACGAAACGUGAAGGCGUUUUGGAAAAAGCACGUCGAAGAUGUUGGUGCGCUCUUUUGCACGGGUUCGACGCUGGACGCGUACGGCGUGAGGCAUCCUGCGUUGUACAACGGCACGCGCGGCAAGCAAAGAGUCGUGACGGUUGGCGUAAACGCAGCCAUAUUUAAUGAGAAAAUACAACCACUCGAUUACACGUUCCUGCAAGAUCGAGGAUCGAAGUCAGGAGAUACAUCUUUCGCAUCGAACAGAGCAGCGAUGAUCGCGUAUGAACCCAGAGAAGCGAAAUUUUUCGGAUUCUUUCCUGGUCAGAGAAACUUUUCCCCCUCGGACGAAGACGCCGAGCGAGCGAACGCUACGCAAUACGAAGGGUGGCGGAAGCCGCACUGCGCGAAUCCACUUUUACCGUUGGUAAAAGACGUCGGUAACUUUGUAUUUGGAGGAAGUUGUUCGACGAGUUUUGCGGCGCUACAGUUUAUAUUGUACACCGGCGUAAAAAAGCUUUAUCUGAUCGGGUGCGACGUCGUGGGGGGCUACGGGCACUCCGCGCAUAAAUACGGCGGCAAAUCUCGAAGAGUCGAAUUAGGCAAACAGCGAAAAAUGUGGCGCGAGUCGUAUUUUUGGACAUCGACGGAGUAUCCGUGCGCUGAAAUCAUCGCCGUCAGGCCAAAGGGUCUCAGAAAAGUCGGCUUCUUUGAACGCUUUUCAGAUCCCCCUUUCGUGGAAGUGUAG